CUGGAGGCUACCACAGACUGGAGGCUACACGAGUCCUCAAAUCGAACGCACCCGUCCUUCUCCUUCAUAGGGGGAGCCCGUCAAGUUUGUGUGAAGUUGUGAAAAGUUGUCAACCCGAAAAAAGAGCAGAGAAACUCCUCCCGUCUUCAAAUUAUGAGCAAUCAGCAGCAGCAGGGUGACAUGGCCGCUGUGGAGAGCGGUGGAGGCUACAGUCAAAAGCGAAACACAAAUUCACAAGACUCCCAGCAGCCAUCUCCUCUUGCCUUGCUGGCAGCCACAUGCAGUCGUAUCGACACCCCAGGAGAGAACGAUUCAGACCAACAACAACAACAAAACCAGCAGCAACAGCUGGAACUAAACCCGGGUGUUUUCACCUCCAGUGCCAACGGCUGGCAGGUUGUCCCUCUUAGCGUUCAAGCAACCUCAGGCACUAACACGGUCACCACCGACUCCUUAGGAGUGAUGACAUCAGUAGACGUAGGCAAGGGCAGACAAGUGUUGUCACCGUCAGCAGUGGUGAGCACUCAGGGACAGCAGCAGCAGCCACAGCAAUACGUAGUAGCUCAGGCUCCAUCGAUGCAGGGUCAGCAGGUGCUCACCGCCAUAUCGGGUAUGAUGCCCAACAUUCAGUACCAGGUUAUUCCCCAGUUUCAGACAGUAGACGGCCAGCCACUGCAGCUGGCACACGCUCAGCAGGAUUCUGCUACUGCAGCAGCAGGGCAGCAGUUUCAGAUAGUGUCAUCUCCUAAUGGCCAGCAGAUUAUAGCUGCAACCAACAGAGCCGGUGCAGCAGGAAACAUCAUAACGAUGCCCAGUCUUCUUCAGGGAGCCAUCCCCAUACAAAAUAUAAGCUUAAGUAAUGGCAUGUUACAAAACCAGCACCAGUUCCUGGCAAAUAUGCCAGUGUCACUAAAUGGAAACAUCACCUUGUUGCCCGUCAGCACUGGAACAAGUGUAGGUGGAGAGGCAAAUAGUGGCGGAGAUACAGGGGGAAACCAGAUCAUUCAGCAGCAGCAACAUCCAGUGUCCAGCGGGGUGGGUUACAUGACAAGUGCGUCCACUGUGACCACACAGGCCGCCACCUCUUAUGGAAUGACCCAAACGCAGAACACCAACGGCGUUUUGACGGGGACCUUCCAGCAGAACCCAGCAGCUUCUCUGGGUGUCCCGAUACAGCCAGAUAACAGAGACGGGCAGCAGCCACAGCAGAUCCUUAUCCAGCCUCAGCAGGUUAUCCAAGGCGCAACACCCCUACAGACCAUCCAAGCUGGGACUGUCACGACUGCUGGGGGUCAGGUGUUUGCGGCUCCAACACUCAGCCAGGAAGGGCUUCAAAAUCUUCAAAUCAUGCCAAACACAGGGCCCAUCCUCCUGCGUACUGUGGGACCUAAUGGCCAAGUGAGCUGGCAGACCAUUCAGAUCCAGAGUCCGACAGGACCACAGAUCACACUGGCCCCCGUGCAGUCUCUCCCCCAACUUGGCCAGGCUCAGGGUGCAGCUGCAGCUGGAGGAGUAUCUGUCAACACAGUGCAGAUCCCAGGCAUCCAGACCAUAAAUCUCAACACACUCGGAGGCUCUGGGCUGCAGAUGCACCAGCUGCAGACUGUUCCCAUCACCAUCGCUAACACAGCAGGAGAGCCAGCAUUACAGACAGGCGGAGAGAGUUUGGAUGAUAGCACAGCUUUGGAUGAUGGGGAUAUCAGUCCACCACCUCAAGGAAGACGUAACCGCAGGGAAGCCUGUACCUGCCCCUUCUGCAAGGAUGGAGAAGGACGUGAUCCAACUAAAAAGAAGCAGCACAUUUGUCACAUCUCUGGCUGUGGAAAGAUCUACGGCAAGACGUCCCACCUGAGGGCCCACCUGCGCUGGCACACAGGAGAACGACCUUUCGUCUGUGGCUGGUCUUUCUGUGGCAAACGAUUCACCCGUUCAGAUGAGCUUCAGCGCCACAAGAGGACACACACAGGUGAGAAGAGGUUUGUUUGCCCAGAGUGUCCCAAACGCUUCAUGCGCAGCGAUCACCUCUCCAAGCACAUCAAAACCCACUUGAACAAGAAAGUAGUCGCCGGCGCCGCCGGCACCACAAUCGUCACCGACGCUGCUUCCCCUACAUCGGGAACAAAAGUCGGCACAGUCGCCGUGUCAGGCAGUGACCAGCAGCACACCAUCGUCUCAAUGGAUACCUUAUCUCAAGAGAGCUUAGCUCGAUUAGCCAGCAGCGGGAUCAACAUGAUGCAGGUGGACCUUCAUCAAAUUAACGGCAACAGCUACUAAGGAGGGUGGAGGAGCAGGAAGGCUUGCUUUGGUGGAUGAUGCAUUUGGACAUUUGGGGUUAAAAAGGGCAUGUCUGUCUCCAGACACAAAACCACUCAGAUGCUUCAGACAGGAGAGGCAGUCAGAUGCAACAGACACAAUUUGAGAACUGAGGCAGUAAUAUGGAUUUCCAUCUUGUAUUUAGAUACCUGUGACACUUAAGGGCCAGAGUUGGAUUAAAUGUUAGACUAGAGAAAUCAUCAUGAAAUCUUUAUUUCCCUGAAUGGAAAUGGCACAACACUAACAUCUGUCCCACACGGAGACCCAAUCUUGCUCGAUAGUGGGAUUGCAAUAAGACUGGCACUCUUGAUGAUUUGGUAGCCUGUAAUAUCCUCCCUACAAGCUUCUAUAGGAAAGAGAUGACACUAAGUCAGACUCUCCCUCGUUCCCAAGGCUUUGAGCUUCGCUACCUGUCCCUCUUCACCUCAGGUGUUUCUCUCAGACUGGGCUGCUGUCUUCACCCUCUGGCUAACUAGCCCUGAAUGCUAAAUUUGCCCCUUUAACUUAACUAUAAAAAUUAUAACAACCUUGAGCAGCAAAUAUUCUGUGUCGUUUCUCACAUUUCUGUUAUUGCAGUUUAGUGAGAACAGAUCAUGUUCACAAAUUAACAUAGGAAUAACACGAGGGCGCUGGAAUACACAAGGUCACGUCCAGGUCAGAGCCAGGAGCACUAACCAGUGUGAGGAUGGAGGUGUGUCAGGGCACUGAAAUCCUGAGAAUAACUCUUUAACCUCUUACGUAGGUACACCUAUUCAAGCCAUCAUGCUUUGAUAUGUUUAUCAUAGCAAAACAGUUUGAUUUUUUUUUAUGUAUAUAUAUUUUUUUUGGUAAUGUAAAGGCUACAGAAAUUCUUAGCUUAGGCAGGAUCAUCUUACAUGAUUGCAAGAGAUUGCCUUUCAGUUGUUUGAACCUCUCAUGCACAAUCAUCUUAAACCUAUGUUAUUACUUUUAUAUAUAUAUAUGUAGAGUAAAUGUUUAAAUUUAAGAGCCUUUCCAUCAUCGAAUGAUGUAUUCUAUACAGUCCAGAUCUUCCCAGUACUCUUCUUUUCCCCCUGUGGUAUACUUAUUAAUCUUUGCCUUGCAGUCACGUCAGUUUCCGUUUCUUGCUUAGUCAUAUCUGGUCAGAGUGAAGUAUUUUGUAAUUAUGUCCAGACAGCAUAAAUAUGUAAGCUCAAAACCAAAGGUUCAUACUCAUUUUAUAAGCAAAAAAAAAACUAGGAAAUCGCUUUCUUUGAUCCAUGAACUUCCUAAUCAUUUUUACUCAUAUUGCAUAUGUUAAAGUUCUAACUGGAAAAGAUCCAGCUUGAGGCAAGCACCGGACACGCAUCCCUUUGUUGUCCAAAUAAGUUACAAAGUGUAUUUAGGGUCAAGAUUUUUUUGUAAAAAGAUGCUUCUCCACUUUUUUCCCCAGGAUUCUGCUUUAUUUGAGAAAGAUAAUUGUUAACUUGUAUUAUGUCAGAAAAUGUAUGUUUAAAAGCUCUCCUUUGAAACUAUAGACUAAGUUCAUUGGACAACAAGUGCUCUUAUUUCUUGCCCCAUUUUAAAUAAGGGAUUUUAUAUUGUGUGUAUACAACUACUGCAAAUGCCAACAGCUGGAUUAAAACUAUGAAUAUA